AUGGCCGAGGCGGCGCAGGGCGGGGGGCUACGCGGCCGCGGCGUGCUGCUGGGCGGCGUCCAGGACGCGCCGGCGGGGCGGGAGAACGACCUCGCGACCAUCAAGCUCGCACGCUUCGCCGUCGCCGAGCACAACACCAAGGCCAACGCGCUGCUGGAGUUCGAGAGGCUGGUGAAGGUGAGGCAGCAGGUGGUGGCCGGGUGCAUGCACUACUUCACCAUCGAGGUCAAGGAAGGCGGCGCCAAGAAGCUCUACGAGGCCAAGGUGUGGGAGAAGGCCUGGGAGAACUUCAAGCAGCUCCAGGAGUUCAAGCCGGCCGCCUGA